AUGGUCGCCAGGAGCAGUGGUUGCUCACUCUGCGUCAAGCGGCGAGUCAAGUGUGACGAGAGACUCCCUGGAUGCGCAAGAUGUGAAACGUAUGGCAAGCCUUGUCCAGGAUAUGAUCGGAAUUUCAAAUUCGUCACAGGCAAGCCUCAUCGGACACGACGUCGACGCCCUGACUCAGAGGGGAGGACUUCCUCGGGAAACGACUCAGACAAUCAUCAUCAGUCUUUAAUCCAACGAGACCAACAACCCUCGUCAUUGAUAUCCGCCGACCUGAACGUCCUACAAAGUCUGGGACUUUUGAUUGACGAAUUCUCGCGCCCAUCCCCUGCAACCUCGGCCUUUAUCGUGUCUCGGUGGUUUACUUUUCUUCCGUCCAUGUACGGCCGGAAUCGGACGUUGGAUGCCACGAUUAAAUCCUUCACCGUUUAUCAUUUUGGGAAUGUGACUCGGAAUGAUUCAAUGAUCCGGUAUGCGCGGUGUACGUACGUGGAGGCUUUGAACCGGCUUCAGGCGUCGUUGAGUACCACUGAGGGUCUUUCUUCGGAUAUCUUUUGCGCUGUUAUGUUGUUGUGUUUGUAUGAGCUCUUUACCAAUACCCACGAUUCAGAGUCAUGGAUGAAGCAUGCAAAGGGGUUAAGUCAACUGGCUGAAGCGAGGGGGCGUGAUUGUUACUUGAAUGAGAUUGAUAAUACUUUGCUCAAAGCUGCCCGGGGAUUGAUUGUGAUGCAUUCUCUCUUUUCCGGCCAAAAAUGCUUCUUAACCUCCGGUGAUUGGCAUGCCGUGAUGAAGCAACCGUUCAACACGGGCUUAUCUGCUGAUUUUGAGCACCUAAUAGAACAGUUCUUUGCAUAUUUCACAUUCGCUCCAAGUCUCGUGCACAAACUUUAUGAUCUAAAGGAGGCAGAUCCCAUAAGUCCAGAUAGUUGGCUACGAAUGUCAAAUAUCCUGGAAAGAGCUCUCGACAUGAAAAGCAAGAUCGAGGCAUGGUAUGUCGAGUUUUCUCGAAUAGUCUCUCCUCCAACCGAGACCCUCACAGCCUCAGACGACACGCUGUAUCCAACGGCUCUUAUAUACUCGGAUGUAAACAACGCUUCUAUCCAUUGCGGCUACUACUCUUACAUGGUGAUUAUACACGAGAUACUCAAAGCCUGUGGUUAUCCUGGACAACACCAAGCCAUGGUAAUCUACUUCCGAGACCAGAUUUGCAAAUCGGUCGAAUACAACGGCAGUGGACUUCUGGGGCCAUAUCGGAUGGCAUUUCCUUUGCGAGUGGCAUUCGAGGUGGCUGAUCCCGCGACUAGAUUGUGGAUUGAAGGUCGGUUGAAACGGCUUUCGAAGAUUUAUGCCGCGUUACGACCGCAGAACUUUACUGGAUGA